UAAAAACAAGAGAGGACAAAAGAAGAGGAGAGGGCACAAACGCGGCACUUCUCCACAGAGAGGCAGGCGACACUCCAGAGGUUGGCAGAGCUUCCCUGGGACACUCGGGAGGAGAGGAGUGCAGCGCUCAGACGUGCGCCCCGGGAUUGCAGCGACAACAAACUCAAGGAGGUAGGGCUGCUGGACAGAGCGUGUCCUCAACACUCCCCCCCAACACCCUCCUCCACCACCACUUUCUCUCCUCUCUUGUCCUCUCCUCUCUUCUCUUCCCGAUAGCACUCGUUUCCCCUUGGCUGAAGGAGGCUGAGAGCUCUCUAAGGCAACGGGUACUCCGACAUCUAAAAAUGAGCCCGUCGUGGUGCCUUGUUCUGGCUGUGGCCCUUCUGUGGGGCCCUCUGGGCCCUAUGCCCCUAGCAGCACUGGCCCCUGAGAAUGAGGUGCCCCUCCGGCCAACCACCUGGCUCCUGGAGGACAAGGUCACUCCCAUCCAUCUGCCCAAAGGGAAGACGAGGAGGUUCUACUUCACUCUGAAAAAGAAAACGCCUUCCAUGUCCCUGACUGUAAGCCCCUGUGGUACCCCCAUCGAGUGGACUCUGGCUGCCCGAACCCUGAAGGACAAGCCGCCCAAAAACCUGCACUGGAGUUCAAAAAAGAGUAUGCCUGAGGUAUGGUGGAGAGGCCCUGGAACUGAAGCGAAAAUCCAUACCUACACUGGCAACUCGGCAGACACCUAUAUGGGUCCUGCCUAUACACCUGCAUCCAUCUACAUUCUGAGGCUAAAGUCGCAAGAGCAGGACACCAGUGCCUCUGUCUACCUGCAUGAGGGACCAGGGUCAUCAGGGGUCUUCCCCAAACUUCCGGCCGACCCAAGAGUCCACACGCUCGGGGUGGGACUAACCAGCGUCACCCUAAGCUGGAACCCCAGCGCUUCUGUAACCCAACCGAGCCACUCCGUCAAGCACCUGUACGACUACUGCGUCCUGGUCAACCACAACCACAACUACCGAAGCCUCUGUGCUGCACGCGAGGGCAUCAAGAAGGAGAGGGAGAGGGACUGGAAGCAAGAGAAGAAAGACAAGCAGCGGAAGGAGACUGCGCAGCCAGUACACAAAGACUGGUGGGGGCAACAGUGGGAUGCGUUAGGGGAAAUCCAGCCCUCCACCUCGGGUGUGUCCGACGACGUCGCCCAGCUUGGCUGCGUCUGUCGCGGCAUCGAGAGCGUGUGCACCGUCUCUGAGCUGCUGCCCGACACACAGUACUACUUUGACGUCUUCGUGAUCGACAGGCUCAACGGCACGAGCGCGGCCUACACUGGAACCUUCACCCAUACCCACGAGCAGGCUCAGCCGGCCGUGAUUGCGUUAAAGGAGGGCGAGCCACGUCUGGUUGCACUGCAGGUCGGACGAGGUAGCAGCAGCGGUGGCGGUAGUGCCAGCGGCAGACAGCAGGGGGCCACGGUGUUUAGCUUCCGGCCCCGCGGCUGGCAGCAGAACGGCCUGCUGACGCUCCAGAGCUGCAAUGGUACCCAGAAGAUCAGGGUGGUGGUGACCAGCCGAGGGAAGGUGCUCUCCACCCAGGAAGUGGGCGAGCAGCUGGCUCAGUUGUGGCUCCAGGGAGCCCCCUCUUACAUCAUCAGGCUGGACAGCACGGAGGCAUCUGCCGCAACCGGCCGGGUGAGCGCGGCAAGCAGCUCAAGGGUCGCAGUCAAGAUCCAGGCAUCGUCGGCAUACCACCGGCAGGCCGCCCCGGUCCUUCCGGCCACCCUCCAGAUGAAGUCCUUCAACAAGCUGCGCAGCUGCACCUCGAUCACCCUAGCCUGGAUGGGCACGGAAGAGAGGAGCCUGUACUGCGUCUACCGCCGGCGCCUGUCUGACGAUGUCGUCGGGAAGGAACGGAACUCCGACCGAUGCCUGGGGCCCGAGACGAGGUCCGACUCCGAGAGGGUCCUCUGCAAAUAUUUCCAGGAGCUGAACCCACGACGGGCCGUCACCACAGCCGUGAUCGGAGGCCUAGAACCCGGAGCCUCCUACUUGCUUGACGUUUACCUCGUGAGACGUUGGGGGAUCCCAAUCAAAUACCAUAGCAAGACAGUGCGAACAAGGCGAGAGUGCUAAGCAAUCCGCCAUGAUCACUCUCACCUCUUCCUGUCAGUAGCUAUAGAGACUCAUUGCAGAGAAAUGAUUGACAGAGACUUUGUCAUGAUUAAGCCAUUCUUUAAAAAAAAAAAAAAGACAAGAGAGAGACUGGGGGGAUUGUUCUAUGCCACAAUAUUGGUCACACCAGACCACAUGCAGCGAAUUCAAAACUGCAAUGAAAUCAAACCUCACACCAGCAAAAUGCGUCUACAUUACUGAAACCCGCUGUGCUCCUCUCGCUUUGGUCGUUGUUGUUCAUAAUGAUGCUGAUGCAGAUGAUGUGCCAUUGCUCUGUGUUCGUUAAUUACCCAACUCUGUGUCAGUAUGGGGAGUCUAUAUGCCAGAUCGCUCCCAAAAUCAAGUGACUGAGCCAAUUAGGCUAUGCAAGCAAAACUGCCCAAGGACUACAAGGACCAGCAGAAAGAAUUUUGGUUUUCUUAAAACUCAUGGGGGAAACUGUGUAAUGACUUUUGUUUUUCAGCUGAGCUGAUCUCAGAUAUGUAUAUCUACUGGCUUUCUAUGGAGAGAGAAUUAGCUUUGUGCUACGUUAGUGGUGUCUCUUAAUGUUCUGCUUUCCGCAUGCAGCAGAUUAAAUAAUUUAGCAGUUUGCUUCAUUGUCUUUGAUGUAAUUUUGUGCUACGCUUUGACACGCCAAUA